UGUUCUGCGAGGUGGAGUUACUUGCAUUAAUUGCUUUGAACAGAGCGAUAAAACGUCUGUUUCUGGCUAAACAAAAAGGAUCCUACUCUUCAACAAAAGGUCUGUCUCUGUUGGGAUCAGCAGUAAAGCCUUACUUCAUGUCAACGCUCUGCAGAAGGAAGUCAGACAGUUUUCACAUCAGAGAUUCAAACAGACAGACAGGUGAGUGCUGCAGAGAUACUCCUGUGAUGAAGGAAUGAGCGCCGGCUUUGGUUUCUUUAGACACACUCAGAACAACCAGAAACAUGAGUGGCCCUGGAGGAGUGACAGUGACCCCGCCCUUAAACGAGUCCUCAGUGACCAAACAGAUCAACGGUACAUCCUGCAAGGAGGUCGACACCUCGGCCCAUAUUUUCUUCAUGGUGUUCUGUAGUCUUGUGUUUGUGGUGGGUUUGUUCCUCAACGGCUUCACCCUGAAGGUUUACUUCUGCCGAGCUCAGCAGCAGGUGUCCAGCAGUGUCACCAUCUACCUGAAGAACCUGGCAGCUGCCGACUUCUUAAUCAGCCUCUGCCUACCCAUCCGGAUUAUUAACUAUGCCAGCAGAUCCGUCCCCAUCCACCAGGUGUACUGCAACUUUGGUGCCUCCGCCUUCUAUCUCAACAUGUACGCCAGCAUCCUGUUCAUGGGUUACAUCGCAGCUAACAGGUACCUGAAGAUCGUCCAUCCUUUGGGAACUCACAUCCUGCAGACGGCGCGAGCUGCCUACAUCAUCUCCACGGUAACCUGGUGUGCCCUCUUGGCCAUGACAACCACCUACAUCGUCCUGUCCCUCGUCACCCAGGAAAAGUUAGAAGUAUUCCCCAACACACUGAGCUGUGACGUCCUGCACAGCAAACAGCUCAGCCUGUACUACAAGCUCGUACACAGCUGCUCCGCCGCCAUCUUCCUGCUCGUCCUUUUGUCCCUGGUCUUCUUCUACUACAGCAUCUCCCGCAGGCUGUCGCUGGCACAGCAGAGGCAGCCCAUGUCACCCAGCAACAAGAAGCUCGCCAAGUCCCGCAGGAACAUGUUGGUGCUGGUCAGUGUCUUCUGCGUUUGCUUCGUCCCUUACCACCUGGUUCGACUUCCCUACGUGUUCCUAAAGGAGCAAAUCUCGUGUAGCCAGACGUUCUUCUUCCUGAAGGAGCUGAGCAUCAUGGUGUCGGUUCUCAACGUCUGCCUGGACCCGCUCAUCUAUUUCAUCUUCUGCAAGGCCUUCCGGGCCCAGCUGGGCCUGAAGGGGGUGUUCAGCACCACAGAGGUCGCGACAGGGCAAGGAGCAAAAACUGAGAGGAGGAGCAGCGACGGUCGGGUGAGCUCCACCAGGAUCAACAGGAAGUUGUCGCUCACCACGUCCACAAAACAGGCCAGCGUGCUAUAGCUUAAAGCUAACAAACAACAAUCACAACUGGAAAUAUGUGCAGAAAUCUACUGGAUUCUAACAGACUUGUGGUUGGAUUAUAUACUGCUGCACUUUGUUGGAUUCUGUUACGGAAAUUUUGAAGGACGUCAUUACACAGAAGUCACGUUAGCAAUCAGAAAACUGACGUUGUGGUUCAAGCUUGGCAUUAACUUUCUUUUCUGCGGUUGUCCUAUUUCAGAUUCUGAAAGCUGUUACAUUGAGAACUCAAGUAGUACUCGUAGACUCUUUGGAUUUGAGCAGCGAUACAGAGGCCUGUUAACCUGACUUUACCAGAUGGUUUGUUUAAAAAAACAGGCAUGAAGGAGUGAGUGAUCCCAAACCAGUAACCAGGCUUCAUUCAUCCGCCUCAGCAUCACCUCUGUGCCCAUUCUUAGAUUAGCCGGGAGCUGGCGAAGUCAGUUUAUGAUUUGAUUUAUGUGAGUUUCCAGAUGGACUUGUCGCUAACCGUAAUAUUAGAUGCCGAUACCCAGUUAGCCCGCACCUUGCCCAUUGCCAAAACUGGUUAAAAAACAAGUCGCUGCCUAACUGCCUUUUUUUUUUACAGAAAAUAUGUAAAUACGAGGAAGCUAACAGUUCUCUGCUUCCUGUUUCAUGGGGACUUUAAAUAAAGGACAGGUUGUCUUUAAAGAUACGGGCAUUAUAGUUGAUGUGAUAAGUUAUACCUGUAGAUGUCCUAUAUGAGAACAUUAUUUAUGUGUACAAUAUCUCAUUACAUUAAUAUUCUCAUAGAAAAUAUAUUACAAUGCAUUUUACAUGGCUAUAUAUAUAUUGUGUAUGUUAGAUCAGAAUACUUAUUAUUAUUGUUUUUAUUAUUAUUAUUAUUAUAUUAAAGGAAUCUGAAUGAA